UCUCUUUUUCUCUCUCUUUCAUCAAAAUGUCAUAACUCUCUCUCAUCUCUCUCUACUCACUAAACAAACCUUAGUUUCAUCUCUCUCUACCCAUCAAGAGAGAAAGAACAUCAACAAUGAACGGUAAGAGAAGAAACAUGAUCUCAUUAACUCUGUUUCUUCUUACAACAUUGAUGAUGGCAUCACUCAUCAAUGGUGAGAUUGACUCAAUCCAACUAAACGACGACGUUCUAGGACUCAUCGUCUUCAAGUCAGACCUCAACGACCCAUCUUCACACCUUGAGUCAUGGAACGAAGACGACAACUCACCUUGUUCAUGGAGCUACGUCAAAUGCAACCCCAAAACAUCUCGAGUCACUGACCUUACCCUCGACGGUUUAGCUUUAACCGGAAAAAUCAACCGUGGAAUCCAAAAGCUUCAACAUUUAAAAGUCCUCUCACUCUCCAACAACAACUUCACCGGAAACAUCAACGCUCUCUCCACUAACAACAAUCUCCGUAAGCUAGAUCUUAGCCACAACAAUCUCUCCGGUCAAAUCCUAUCUUCUCUUGGAUCAAUGACCUCCUUGCAACACCUCGACUUAACCGGAAACUCCUUCUCCGGUACACUCUCUGAUGACUUCUUCAACAACUGUUCAUCACUUAGGUUCCUCUCUCUCUCUCACAACCACCUCGAAGGUCAAAUCCCAAGUACUCUGUUUCAAUGCUCUGUUUUGAACAGUUUAAAUCUCUCAAGAAACGAUUUUUCCGGUAACCCUAGUUUCGUCUCAGGACUAUGGAAGCUUGAGAGGUUAAGAGUUUUAGAUCUAUCGUUUAAUUCUCUUUCUGGGCCAAUACCUUUGGGGAUACUUACUCUGCAUAACUUGAAAGUGUUGCAGUUACAGAGGAAUCAGUUCUCUGGACCAUUGCCUUCAGAUAUUGGACUCUGUCCUCAUUUAAACAGAGUUGACCUAAGUUUCAAUCUUUUCUCUGGUGAACUUCCAAGAACUCUUCAGAGGGUCAAAUCUUUAUACCACUUCGAUUUAUCGAACAAUUUGCUCUCCGGUGAUUUCCCGGGAUGGAUCGGUGAUAUGUCCGGUUUAGUACACUUGGAUUUCUCAAGCAAUGAGUUAACUGGGGAGCUUGCUUCUUCAAUAGGUAACUUGAGAUCUUUAAAAGAUCUAAUCUUGUCUGAGAACAAACUCAUUGGCGAGCUACCGGAAUCUUUGGAAUCUUGUAAAGAGCUUAUGAUUGUUCAGCUCAAAGGGAAUGGCUUUGUUGGUAGCAUUCCCGAUGGUUUGUUCGAUCUUGGACUUCAAGAAAUGGAUUUUUCGGGUAAUGGUUUCACCGGUUCGAUCCCGAGAGGCUCGAGUAGGCUGUUUGAGUCAGUUACAAGGCUCGAUCUUUCGCGUAACAAGCUCACUGGGAAUAUACCUGGUGAAGUAGGGCUAUUCAUCAACAUGAGAUACCUCAAUUUGUCAUGGAACCAUUUCAACACAAGAGUUCCUCCUGAAAUCGAGUUUCUACAGAAUCUAACCAUACUGGAUCUAAGGAACAGCGCGCUGAUUGGUUCGGUUCCUGCUGAUAUAUGUGAAUCUCAGAGUCUUCAGAUCCUUCAGUUGGAUGGUAACUCACUAACUGGUUCUAUACCAGAAGGAAUAGGAAACUGCUCUUCUCUUAAGUUAUUGAGUUUGUCUCAUAACAAGCUUACAGGUCCUAUUCCUAAAUCCCUUUCAAACUUACAAGAGCUCAAGAUUCUAAAGCUAGAGGCUAAUAAGCUUAGCGGCGAAAUACCGAAAGAGCUUGGCGAAUUGCAGAAUCUGUUAUUGGUUAACGUUUCGUUUAACCGACUCAUCGGAAGGUUGCCGCUUGGAGAUGUGUUCCAAAGUUUAGACCAGAGUGCUAUUCAAGGAAAUCUUGGUAUUUGCUCACCGUUGUUGAGAGGGCCUUGCACACUGAAUGUUCCGAAACCUCUUGUUAUCGAUCCGAACGCGUAUGGGAAGGGGAAAAAUAUGCCAGGAGACCGAGCGAGCAAUGGUUCUGGAAAGUUCCACCGUGGAAUGUUCCUUAGUGUUUCAGUGAUUGUAGCAAUAUCAGCUGCUAUACUCAUUUUCGCUGGAAUUAUAAUCAUAACGCUGCUUAACGCGUCUGUGAGAAGGCGGCUUGCGUUUGUAGACAACGCGUUGGAGAGCAUUUUCUCGGGGUCUUCGAAAUCAGGGAGAAGCUUAGUGAUGGGUAAACUUGUUCUGUUAAACUCAAGAACGUCACGGUCCUCAUCUUCAUCUCAAGAGUUCGAGAGGAACCCGGAGUCACUUCUGAACAAAGCUUCAAGAAUCGGUGAAGGAGUUUUCGGAACAGUCUACAAGGCACCUUUGGGAGAACAGGGGAGAAACUUGGCUGUUAAGAAACUCGUCCCUUCGCCGAUUCUUCAAAACCUAGAAGAUUUCGACCGCGAAGUUCGGAUACUGGCGAAAGCGAAGCACCCGAAUCUAGUAUCGAUCAAAGGAUAUUUCUGGACACCGGAGUUGCAUCUUCUGGUAUCAGAAUACAUCCCUAAUGGAAACUUGCAGUCCAAGUUACACGAACGAGAACCAUCAACACCGCCUCUUUCUUGGGACGUAAGAUACAGAAUCAUCCUCGGUACAGCCAAAGGACUAGCUUAUCUCCACCACACAUUCCGUCCAGCAACAGUCCACUUCAACCUGAAACCAACCAACAUCCUCCUCGACGAGAAAAACAACCCGAAAAUCUCCGAUUUCGGACUAUCUCGUCUUCUAACAACACAAGACGGGAACACAAUGAACAACAACAGGUUUCAAAACGCUUUAGGUUACGUAGCACCUGAGUUAGAGUGUCAGAACUUAAGAGUCAACGAGAAAUGCGAUGUUUACGGGUUCGGGGUAUUAAUACUCGAACUCGUUACUGGUCGAAGACCAGUGGAGUACGGUGAAGACAGCUUCGUGAUACUUAGCGACCAUGUUCGAGUUCUGCUAGAACAAGGGAAUGUCUUGGAGUGUAUUGAUCCUGUCAUGGAGGAACAAUACUCUGAAGAUGAAGUGUUACCUGUCUUGAAACUUGCUCUUGUCUGUACCUCUCAGAUACCUUCGAAUCGUCCUACAAUGGCUGAGAUUGUUCAGAUCUUGCAAGUCAUUAACUCUCCUGUUCCUCACCGUAUCAUGGAUAGUUUCUAAAAACACUCUUUAUGUUUAGUUUAAUUUCCCAUUAGGUUUCUUUCUUUCUCUUUGUUUUCUCUACUUCACUAUGUCAUCAUCAUCAUAACAAUCAUUGACCAUUAUUAUCAUUAAUAGGUUCUUUUUUUCUCUCUCUAA